AUGGCAUCGCGAUGGCUUCCGUUCGCUUUCUGGGCACUGCUUUGUUUCCGGAUGGGUUAUAUGAAGGGUCUACCAGUAUUCAUUCAGGAUAUGGACAACCUGGCGUUAUCAGAGAGUACGCCUGUAGGAGAAGUGGUCUACACACUGGUGGGCUCAGAUCCUGAGGGGUUACCAAUAAAAUACGGGCUCGUGGGGACGGAUAAGUUUACAGUCAACACAAAAACCGGAGAUGUUACUCUAGUACAACCUUUGGAUAGAGAGAAAGAAGAUACGAUUAAGUUCCUAGUCGUUAUAGAAAGUCUAGACCCAGACGCUGCCAUUAACCUGGUCCAGACACAGCCAGUUACAGUCAUUGUGCUGGACGAAAACGACAAUCCGCCAGUUUUCAAAAAUAGUCCUUACGAAGUAGAUGUACCAGAAGACCAAGCCGUUGGCACAACAAUUCUUCGGAACAUUCAAGUGGAGGAUCAAGAUUCGGUUGGGGACAGUCUUGAAGUUGGCUGUGUUGUUAAUGAACAGUGGCCCGAAGCCUGUGAUUAUUUCGACGUAGUCAGCCUGCAGUCUUCAGCCAACCAGUAUUUAGGAGCGUUGGUGUUACGAAAGCAAUUGGACUACAACGAGAAGCAAUUCUACCAGUUUCAAUUACAAGCUACGGAUGGCACACUAAAUUCAACAGUCCCAGUUGAAGUCAAAGUGGUGGACGUCCAAAACAGUCCGCCUGUAUUUAGCGGGUCAUUAAGCGGCAGUCUAUCUGAAGACGCGCCAGUUGGCAGCGUUGCCUUGGUCAUCAAGGCCAGAGAUGCUGAUCGCGCUCAGCCCAGAGAUGUGGCACUUGAACUGAUAACGAACCCAUUGGACUUCUUCUGGCUCGAUAGUAAGACAGGAGAACUCAAGACAGCCAAACCGUUGGAUAGAGAGGCUUUGGCGGACCCAUCAUCACCGCUUAACCUCACAGUUCGGGCAAGUGAAAUAGUAAACGGCAUACCGGUGGUAUCGAACCUGACUUCCAGCCUGGCAACAGUGACAGUGACGAUCAAGGACGUAAACGAUGAACCACCUCGCUUCAACAAGAGAGAGUACAGUGUGGAAAUACCGGAGAGUUUACCCAUCGGGACACCCCUCCCCAACUUGGACAUGGUUGUUACUGAUACUGAUGUUGGUCUGAAUUCAGUGUUCAGUUUGCGACUAUCAGACGAUCUGGGCGCGUUCGUCGUGGAGCCAAGUACUGCGACCGGCAGUGCAACGGUCACUCUGAGGUUGAACUCCACUCUGGACUACGAAGAUCCUAAUCAGAGGAAGUUUAUCCUCGAGGUAAUAGCUGAAGAACUCCAUACAUCUCCUCGUCUCUCGUCAAAAGCAAGUGUGACGAUAUCGUUGACGGAUGUGAACGACAAUGCGCCGCAGUUUGCAGAGCAGCCCUAUUCCGGUAGUGUGGCAGAGGGUGCUGCCCCCCGGGACAAGGGUGGUGGCUAUCCGGGCUACCGACAGAGACACGGGAAGGGAAUAGUAUACCAGCUGUCCGGGAACGGGGCUGAACUAUUUCGUGUAGACAACAGAAGCGGGGUUAUCACCGUUGCAUCUUGUCUCACGCCUGGGACCCCACCAUGCCUUGACUAUGAGACGAGAAAGGACUACUUUUUGCAAUAUAAGGCGACUGAUGACGAUGGCGCGGGUCAAAUGACGGUAGUGUCACUACACAUCUCAGUAACGGACUCUAACGACAACCCACCGGCCUUCUUGACGCCAGUUUAUCGAGCCUCCAUUGAUGAAGAUGCACUGAAAUUUGAGCCCGAAUUGCAGGUGCAAGCCCGUGAUCCCGAUACAACAUCAGAUAUCCGUUACUCCAUCGUAGAACCUUUAGAUCAUCCGUUCUGGAUAGAUCCUGUAUCGGGGAGGAUUCUGGUUCGACCAGAAACCGGCGGCGUUCACUCCACGGGCGACAAUAAAAUUAUACUUACAGUACUUGCCACUGAUGGCAUUUACAACGCUACUUGCAAAGUAGAGAUCACAGUCCGAGAUGUCAACAACCACGCCCCGGUCUUUGAUACUGGCAGAUACGACGCUGAUAUUACUGAAGAUGCGGCAAUUGGAACCGAAGUAGCCAUUGUGCAUGCCACGGAUUUAGACAGCGGUGUCAACUCUGAGAUCAAGUAUAAGAUUCAGAAGGGAGCGUUGGAUGCGUUCCAGCUCGAUAACGUGACGGGCGUACUCUAUGUAGCUGAUAAGCUCGACUAUGACAAGCGGAAUACGUACAGAAUACAGAUUGUUGCUACGGAUAUGGGUAUUCCAAGCCUAACCGGAACGACAGAACUUACAGUACGCGUAAUCAAUGUGAACGACAAGAAGCCAUACUUCACACCUCCCAUACAAAGGGCGGAGGUGUCCGCCGAUGCAGAUAUUGGCACUUUGGUUCAUAAUUUGAUAGCAGUCGAUCCAGAUAUCACAGACAAUACGCAGCUAGUUUUCGAAUUGGGGGAUAAACCGGUUCGAGCUGUCGAUAAAAAUGGGAUGGAGUUAACCGACGAAGUUAUAUUAACAUCCUGGUUCAAAAUAUUGUCCAAUGGUAGCGUGGUCGUAGCACAACCAUUAAAUCGAGAGAUAGCUGCUGUGGUGACGCUACCUGUUGCAGUCACCGACUCAUCAGCGCCGAAUCUUCAAAAAACUGAAGGUGAACUAAUAAUAAACAUAGUGGAUGUCAACCGCCACGCACCCGUCUUCACUCAACCGGCUUACACAGAACGGGUGUUGGAAGAACAAGCAAUUGGAACCGUACUCAAUACUUACACAGCCACAGACAAAGAGACACCUAUCUCCGCCAUAAUUAUUUACCCGCCUAGUCCUUAUUUCGCUAUAGAUAAUGUUACUGGUGUCGUAAAAUCAAUCCAACGCAUCGACUACGAACAAAUCCACAAAAUUAACUUCACGCUCGUCGCGUUUGACUCUGGAGUACCGCAGUUGUCGACGUCGGCCGGUGUUUUCGUCGAAGUCGUUAACGUCAAUGAUGAAGAACCUAUUUUCGACCAAGAGGUGUACGAGGGAAGCGUAAAUGAGCACAGUGUGGUGGGUACCAGUGUACUCACUGUUCGAGCAAUUGAUAAAGACGAAGGUGAAUUUGGCCAAAUUCGCUACAGCCUAGCCGGUGAACAAUCCCCGUACUUCAACAUCGACCCAAGAACAGGAGUUAUCAGCGUGGCUGAUAACAUUGACCGCGAGUCAGUGACUGGAGUGACUCUAAGAGCAGUAGCCACCGACUUGGCGCCGCCACAUCUUAGCAAAUCUUCUAGUGUCUCUGUGCACAUAAAGAUAAAUGAUAUCAACGACAAUCCUCCAGUCUUCUCGCAGAAGGUAUACAAAAGCACCAUAGCCGAAAACCUUCAACUUAAUCCUCCGGCGGCCAUUCUACAAGUCUUGGCUGAAGAUAGAGAUGUUGGUAUCAAUGGGAAGGUCGUUUAUCAAAUUUUGGAGCAGAGCGUACCAGUUACCUUUUCUGUGGAUCCAACUAGCGGAAUCCUUUAUCCAUCUAAACCAGUGACUGGCAACACUACAUACUCCCUUACUGUGACUGCAAGUGACCACGAUGGACAAGGGUUCCAGGACACUGCUAAAGUGGACAUAUUUGUGCUGAGCGUUAAUAGGCAUACGCCGGUGUUUGUAGAACCGCCUCCCGAACAGAGAACUAUCGAAAUUUCGGAAAAUGUAGCUCAAGCGGACUAUUUAAUAGCUACGUUCAAAGCGACAGACGCCGAUUCCGGAGAAAAUGGCCGUGUGUCUUAUUACUUGAAGGUAGAUAACAAAAACGUGAUGGAGACUCCUGAAUUCAGCCUGGACACAAACACGGGACAGCUAAGAACUAAAACUUUUCUGGAUAGAGAACAUCAACCUGAAUAUGAGUUAGUAAUAGCAGCGGUGGAUAAUGGUACUCCAGCUCAAUUCGAAACACUUCGAGUUAUCACAGUUGUAUUAGUGGACGACGAAGAUAACGCACCAGUUUUUCAAAUGCCCUUACAUUCAUUCGCGGUGGCAGAGAACUUACCAGCUGGAAUUAUUAUCGGAUCUGUAAAAGCCAUAGAUAAAGAUUCUGGCGAAAAUGGAAGAGUGUUUUAUCACGUUUUGGAAGGGAAUGGAGAUGGCGCUUUCACUGUAGAUAGAACACAAGGGAUAAUCAGAGCUAAUAUCAGUUUUGACAGGGAAAAACGGGACGAAUACACCAUGACAAUAUACGCCAGCAACAACCCAAUACUCGAACAUGCGGCUGCCAUCUUGAAUUCCAUCGACAACAGCACGGAUAGCCAAGAAGCCAGUGUCACGGUCGUCCGAGUGAAGAUACUAGACGUGAACGACAAUGAACCUAAGUUCCAGAAAAAAGUUUACUAUGCAGGUAUAAAGCACACAGCCCGCAUCAACGAACCGAUCAUCUCCGUACUAGCUGAAGAUCCAGAUCUCGAUGAGAACGGAACCUUGAUCUACAUGGUAGCCGCCUCAAACCUCUACAAGUUCGGAGCUUCACAGUCCAGUGGCAGCGUGGUUCCUUCGCCAUUCAAUAUCACUCAGGAUGGUAUAUUAAUGACAGCCCAUUUUAUGUCCGAGUACAACCAAGACAGGUUCGUUCUGGACAUCAUUGCUCAAGAGUUGGCCCCUCCACACAGGCAAGCCAAAACUCAAGUUUAUCUAUGGAUAAUUGACCGGUCCUCCCUCAUUCGCAUGGUGGUGUCUCGGAGCUGCUCCACGCCGGUAGAUGGCGUUGAACGGAGAUUAGGAGAAGCCGGAGGUGCACUUCUGGUCGCCGAUAGGCGGGUGCCCCUUGUGCAGGCUGAUAGGAGACUGGAUGAUUGGUGUGAGAUUCACUUACAUGCGGUAGAACCAGUGUCCUGGCAAGUGCUGCCAGUCGAAAAGGUCCUCGAGAGCAUCGACUCGAAAUAUGACGAGUUAAAGGAUGUCUACCAACAGUUUGGAGUGGAGACUCUCAUUGCGGCCAGCGCUACUUCUAAAGUUCCUGACAGUUUCGAUCCAGCGUUGGCAACACUGAUAGCUCUGCUGAUAGUACUGUUUACGGGAAUUGUCACAUUCGUUGUCGUAUGCGCCUGCCUUAAACAUUGGGUAAUUCCUCCACCAUCCCUCCAAUCAAGUAAAGGAGAUAGUUUGGCACGAAGAAGGAUUCUCGAAGAAUUAAGUACGACAGAGAACCCCCUGUGGCUGGAGACCAAGCUAAGGCCGUACGAGGAGCAGGAACUAACCAUGAAUGUAUUCGGAGACCAGAACGAGAGCUCCAAUGAGCAGCCUCAGCAAACCGACAACACAUACGCGACUAUUCAAGGCGGCGCUCGCGGGGAGCGAUUUGGAGACUAUGCUACUCUCGGAAGAGAGUCACCGACCCCGUUAGAAGCUGCCCUGGGUUUCCAGGGAAGCACAUUCAAGCCACCAACUGCGGAUACACCUGAACCACCGCCGAGGCCAGCCGGUUUAGGUCCACUAUGA